AUGCGGUUUACCAUGAGUCUCAGCCCAAAGCUGAGCCGCGCGUUUCAUUCGCGCAACUUCCUACAGCAUCAGCCCUGGCUACUACCCAACAAGUCAAAGUGGAGGCGCAAGGCACUCCUCGGUCUAAUCAUUUUCUUCGGGUUAUUCACUUGGGCUCGACUGCAGUUAAAUGUCAAUAAUUUUCAAUUGUUGAACAGUUAUAAUGAUGCGCCGUUAUCGAUGCCAGUUAAAGCCAAUGAUGGUAUGAUGGAAUAUUCUAUUGCUAUCAUUACUGACCUUGACACCGAGAGUGCGGUUAUUGAAGGGAAAUAUUGGAGGAGUUGGUUGAAGAAGGGGACUCUUCGGUUCGAUGCCGCAAAUUUGAGAUGUUCAUUGAAAUGGGGACUUCAGGACCGGGAUAUUGAACUGAAGGCUACACUAGCUAAUGGCGGUCGUGCCAUGGAGCUUUCCGAUCUGGCGGUGUUUAACCGGAAGUUGUUGACCAUCGACGAUCGUACCGGUGUGGUUUAUCAGAUUGUUGGCAAUGAAGUUAUCCCAUUUGCCUUGCUGUUGAAUGGGCCCGGAAAUGUUACGGCUCCUUUGAAAGGAGAAUGGAUGACGGUAAAGGAUGGAAUGCUUCACGUUGGUGGUCUUGGUAAAGAAUGGACAUCUCCAACCGGCCAAGUGCUGAACGAUUACCCAAUGUGGGUGAAAACAAUCGACCUCGACGGAAAAGUUACGCAUCAAAACUGGGCUCCAAUCUAUCGUCAGAUGAAAGCCUACCUCGGCUAUCCUGAAGAAGGCUAUCUAAUUCACGAAGCCGUCCAAUGGUCUACGAUCCAUCGAAAAUGGUUUUUCCUCCCCCGUCGCGCCUCUAACCUCCCAUACGACGAAACCGCCGACGAAUCCCGUGGCGCAAAUAUUAUGUUUACGAUGAAUGAAGACUUCACCAAUAUCCAAAUGAUUCGUGUAGGCAAAGAGGCUACUUAUCGCGGAUUCUCAGCCUUUCAAUUUGUGCCCGGAACCGAUGAUAACAUUAUAAUAGCCGUGAAGAGCGAAGAAAGGGAUGCUCGCCCAGUCGGCAGCUACAUUACUGUCUUCGAUAUUCAUGGGAAUAUCUUAUUGGAAGAAGAGAGCAUCGAAGGCCCUUAUAAAUACGAGGGCAUCGCAUUUGUU